CACGGCCUCAAAAUUAUUGUUUAUCAAUGCACCCUUGCAGCGUGGUCUAUAGUGUAUUCGAAGAGAUCGCCCGCUCCCCCAAUCUGCUCCUCGUUUUUUUUUCUGAUUUUUCCCACCUAUUUACAACAACACGCAAAGAAACAUGAUGCGCAAGUGAUGUGUGGAAAUUGAUUAAAAAAUCCCCACCUUCCCUAUACGAAAUUUGUUAUGGCAGUCUCAAAAAUGCAGUUACGACGCACCACGACCCUUAGAUCAGAAUUUAGUGAUUUAGGCCGAUUUCCCGGGUCCGUGACAAUGCUGUCGUCCCCGUCCAUUUUCCACCCCUUCAACCUUCUCUGCUUCUUACUUCGAACGAGAUUCAGUUAUAUAAAGCGAUGAAGGAUCUUCCUCACGAAAAUCUACCUCCCAUACUUCCUAUUCAUCGUAUGGCGGAAAGCAUCGCGUACUCCUCCACCCCUAACGCUUACAUCCCCCCCGCCUCUUAUUAUCCUCCUACCGCUCACGCUCCUAGCCAUGGUCACGUUGUAGUACCCCAGCCACGCCAAGAGCCCCAGCAAAGGAAGCGGCCCAAGUAUACAAGGAGCAAGACUGGUUGCAUGACAUGUCGAGUCAAAAAAAUAAAGUGUGACGAGGCAAAGCCUAAUUGCAUGCGAUGCACUCAUGGGCAGCGUGACUGCACAUGGCCAGAAGGUGUUCCUGCCCGCAAGAAAUCAACGUCCCGGAAAGAUAGUAUCGACGGGCGCCCAUCCACUGCCGACUCGUCAGGAUUAUCAGAGACCUCAACACCUCCCACUCGAGACAGCACGCCUCCGAAACCUCGCGUAUCUAACGACUACAACCAACCUCCAAUGUCCCGUCGCCACAGUGAUGUUUUCGCUCCAUUACCUCAAGUAAAAUACGAGGAGGACCCGAAUCUCAGGCUCGCGCCAGAGCCCACUUCUGCGCGACGGCAGUUGGCUCCCCAAGGUUAUCCUGUGCAUCCAAAUCAGAAUUCCAAUGUUUUAUCUAUGAUAUCCGAGAUGCACCCAUACCCUCCUCAACGAUACGACUCUGCUUACGUUAAUCAAGCCUCUCAUUUACAUCCAGCAGCUCCCUCACGACUCAUUCCCCAUCAUCACUCUCAGCACCAUGUUAAUAUGCGUUCGAUGAACCAGCAACCAGCAAACCCUCAGCACUGGAACCAACCUCACAUGAUGACAAGUGUAAACCCCAUGGAUUCUUUUUUCCCACACCCCCAGGAGAGGAACUUGGUGGCGCCUUCGUCUAACGAUCAUCACCCUAGAUACCCAUAAGAUUGAUGUUUUUUCCCUUUAUUUUUCUUAAAGAUCCGUCAUGACUUUCAUAUUUGAGCAUCAUUAUGACAUAUGGUCAUCCCCGCUGAGAACCCAAUUGUCACUUCUAAUAUUCUGCUUGUUUUGGACUGGCC